GUUCCAGCAGUUGCACAAUCGCUACUAAAAUGGAUCAAAUGGACUAAUACAUGCUUUCUCAAAAAUGUCACAUAAUCCACAAAAAUGUGUUUAUUAUUUGAGGAUCAUCAGAUUCAUAGUCGAAGUCGGUACAGAAACAGUGAGAAAUCUUUUUUAUCACUUUAAACCGAAGCAUGAAGUCCAUACAUUUUUCACUUGUGGAACAAUCUGUGACGAAUUAAGAGCACUAAAGCGUAGACAUGUUCUAAGUUGUGAACAAUACCGACAGGUUACUUCUGAUCCAAAUCCUAAUGAGUUCGAUCUCGCUUUGUUAAUUACACUUUUGACAAAUAUUUUCACUGGAAUGAUAGAUCCACCAGCAAAUGGUUGGAAUAGAAACGUUGAUCAACAUGACAUUUCAAUUGGCGCGAAUUUAUUGCGUUUAAAACAUUUAAGAAAUGCUAUAGUCGGACAUAGUGCGACUGCUCGGCUUACGGUGCAGGAGUUUAACGACUUUUGGAAGCAAAUAGAAGAAACUGUGACAAGCUUCGAACUGUUUAUCGAUGUUAGAAACAAAGAUGCUGUUAAGACAAAAAUUGAUGAAUAUAAAUACGGAAAGUUAGAUUUGGAAGGCGAGCAGGAAAGGAAGUAUUUCGCACUGAUACGGCGAUGGUAUAACGAAGGACAAGAAACACUGUCAUACCUACGAGAUGAGGUAGAAGACCUAGUGAAGAAGUCGAAAGAAUUCUUUUUCUACUUCAAAACAAAACCAAAGCGUUACCUCCGAUACAUUAAGUUAUUGUUUGAAGGUGGAAGGAUGGUUUUGUCCGAACUGCUAAAUCAAGAAUUAGAAAAGACGGGUGUAUCUCUAAACGACUUUCUAUUAGAUAGUCGCGAAAUGUUACUGGAGAACGAACAGAGUGCACUUACCGAUAUUUACCCGCAAAACUCCCCAAACGGGACAAGAAUUAACACAAACACCUCCACCUGGGAUAUCCAAAGCCUGGCACUGAUAAUUUCUCACAUCUGUAAUGAGAACCAAGUUAUUUUAAAUGAAGUAUACAUAAUAUCAAACGCCAGGAAAGAGUAUGCAAAGACUGCAUACCUCUCUCUGAAUAACGAAGAGUUUUCAAUUUGCUGCGAAGACCUUGUGUCUAGUUUAAAGACGUUGUCUCCGCUGGCUGGUGCUGAAACCUACACAAAGUGUCGAGUACUUAUUGAAAAAUAUAGAAAGGAAGUUGAUACAGAUAUAGACAACACUGAUACUUACUUUGACCAGCUUAAAUCACAAGGACUGAAUGUAAAGAACCUUUCUGAAAUGUAUACAGAAGUACUGGAGAAACUGAAUAUUGCAUUAAAUCAGAUGGCAGAUGGUAGUCAUGUUUUCAAACACGAACAAGUUUUGGAACUGAAAAUGGUUACACUAGGAAGGACAGAAGAAAAGAUAGAACUCGCCGAGAAUAUUCUAGCAACAGUAUGGGAGGCGGCCAUCAAAAUGUCAGACACCCCCAAAGACUUCGCCGCGGUGAGGAAUACGGUAGAUCUCAUCAUUGAGCACGUUCGAGCGAUUUCUGACGUUGACACAAUAAAAGUGGAAAAACAUUGUAUCCUUAUGUCAGUUUCAUGUCGUUCAUGCCUUGGGCUAAUGCAGCUCAUGGAGUAUUUAGAGGGCGAUUCAUUCAAAGAACAUUUAACGAAUAUGUCAUUAGAAAUAGGGCAUAUAUGCAAUGAUACGGUAUGCAUCAAAGGAAAUGUCACCUUUGAGAGCCUGUAUCAGCUUGCAACUGCAAUAGAAUGUGACAAACUAGCAAAUGGUUUCAACAUUUGUGCGGGAGAUGUGUCGGCACAGACAGAAGGAAUGAAAUCUGUUGAAAAAAUAAACGAUGACAAAGGAUUUCGAGAAGUGUUAGGAAAACAUGUAAAUGGUUCAAGUGAACUUGGAGCAAAUAUAAAAGAAGCCAACGAGGAAAUCACAUCGUUGCAGGACCUCACUGAAGAAACUGUUGGUCACAUAUCAGCAGACGAGCUCGAGAAAGACGGAAUCGUUAUCGUUUCAGAUGAAAAGCAAAUACAAGAGGCGUCAAAGGCAUCCAUAUUAGAAAGAAAUGCAUCUGCACCCGAGUCUGAGUCUGAAAAGAAGACACAAGAUAAGAAAGACAACAAGAACAAUGGCGAAGAUGAGCCUGUGUUCCUUCGCACAAUUCAAGUGAGGGGAUCGGGAGACGUCAUCAAUGUCAAUACGUUGAGGUACCUUAAAAUGUACUUCAAGGACAAGGGUAGAUCAGACGGAGCAACUGUUAACGUGACAGAAUACAAAUGUAUAGAACCUGGUGUAGCUACGUUCACAUUUGAGACAAAGAAUGAUGCUGAAAGUGUAGCAGAGAGAGAUGAUCACGUGUUUAGGUCUGAACCGCUUAAUGUAGCAAUGAUGCCAGAAGAAAAAGAAAUUCGAGUGUCUUCCGCUGAAGAUAAAAUAGAUGCCGAUGAUACAGAAGUAAAAAGAAUAAAGAUUACUAAGUUGACUUCUUCAUUAGCAGCUCUACUUGGUGUUCAUUUAGAGAAAAUGUUCCCAGAUGUGCAUGUUGUUAGCGUUAAACAUGAAGAAGACAACAAGUCCGCUGUGGUUGAGUUUGAGGAUUCAAAAGGUUUUGCCAACAUUCUACAGAAAAAGGAAUUGUCAAUCGACGGGCAGGUUGUUGGUGUGGAGUUAUACGAAAAUAAACCAUAUAUAUCACGUACUGUACUUGUGAAAGGGAGUUCAGACAUUGCCAGUCAGCUGGAUUCGUUGAAAAUUUACUUUCAAAACACGGCGCUCUCUGGGGGUGGUAAUAUUACAAAUUGUUAUGUGGACAGUAGCAAUAACGUUGCCUAUGUUACAUUUGAAACAGAAGACGUUGCACAACUGGUGGUAGAAAAAUUUCAUAAUAAGGAAGCACUGGAAGUUAUGCUGUCUGAUGAAAGUCUCAAGUUAAACAAAGAAGAAUCGGACAAAGAAACAAAAGGCAAAUCUUCAACAGCUGUGACGACAAAUCAAAUAAUCAGUCAUAGGUCAGUUAAUGUUUUAUGA